UGGAGAACUUCCUGACCCAGAGAUUGAGUACAGGAAGACAAACAGUGGUAUGUAGCUUGUGCAGAAUCAGAUAAGCUAAUAUGUAGCAGAGUGAAAUUUGAACCAACCAAUGGAUUUCUAUUCAAAAGUCAGCAUUCUUAACCACUCAACUCACACCAACUAAGCAGCUACUCUGUGCCUGCACUUUGCUGGAAGCCUUUGCUUCUGUAGGAGCAGAAAAUUUUCCUGUAUCAAGUGCUUUGACUGGUCUAAUAAUUAAAUUGGCAUAAGUUAGAUUAACAAGUUUAAUUUGUUAUGUAUUGGAGCCCCAUGAAAACUCAAAGACAGGCAUUUGAGGCUUAUAUGCCCUCCCCCCUGAGCUAAGGAGAAGGGGUUAAGGAUCUGAGGCUUCAAAAGGGAGGAAGACAACCCACAGGAGGAUGGGAAGAGCUAGUGCUUGGGAAGCAAACAUUUGCUGCUCCAGACAGGUAAGUCUUUCUGAGAUAAAAAGCUAUCCCUGAUAAAUGACUCUCUUCCUGGCAUAAGUCGCCUAAUCUACAUUAUUUUGAGCAGUUAAAGCAGAGACAGGGAACUUCUCCUGAGUCUGCUGGGUCUUAAUUGACUGUAGCUCAAAGCAACCUGCGUGCCAAAGUGGGACAUUUGGGGGAGACAUAAUCUUCUCACCUUCACUUCUCUUUAAGCAAACUUUCUAGUAACUUCGAAUCAUAUUAAGAGCCUUCUUUAUGUUUAAGAAACCAAAGCUCACAGGUGGAGAACUUGGCCAAUUGUCCUUUGACCACUUGGUCCCCUUCAUGCUGUUCAUCUGUGAAACUCCCAGGACCAAGGGUGGAUAACAGUCUUGAUGGCUUUGUGUCUGGUUUUCUCAGCAGAUCUUACUUCCUCAACUCUGUCUAGGAUGCGAUGUCAGGAUGUUCACCAAUUUGGUCAGAAGCUGGUUCGAAGGCAACAGUUGAAGCCCACUGAGGGGUCUGAGAGUCCCAAGGCCCGUCACCUGAACACUCUUGACCUGGUGGUCUUGGGUGUGGCCAGCACGCUGGGGGCCGGCGCGUACAUCCUGGUAGGAGAAGUGGCCAUGUUCAUCGCUGGACCAGCGAUCGUCAUCUCCUUCUUGGUGGCCGCCCUGUCUUCUGUGUUGUCUGGGCUCUGCUAUGCCGAGUUUGGGACACGGGUCUCAUGGACCGGUUCUGCGCAUCUCUACAGCUACAUCAGUGUGGGAGAACUGUGGGCUUUCGUCACUGGUUGGAACCUCAUACUAGCUUAUGUCAUUGCCGUUGCAAGUGUGGCCAGGGCCUGGAGCCACACCUUCGACAGCCUGAUUGGGAACCACAUCUCUCAGGCGUUAGAGGGAACUUUCUCUCCGUAUAUGCCCUACUUCCUGGCCAACCCAGAUUUUGUUGCACUGGCCGUGUUGCUGCUUCUCACUGGACUACUGGUUCUAAGAGCUCCUGAGUCAACCCUGCUUUACAGAGUGUUCACAGGCAUCAUCGUUUUGGUUCUCAGCUUCAUCAUCAUUUCUGGUUUCAUUAAGGGAGACCUGCACAACUGGAAGCUCACGGAACAGGACUACACAUUGAACACAUCUGAAUCCAUUGGCACCUCUAGGUUGGGCCCUCUGGGUUCCGGAGGGUUUGCACCUUUUGGCUUUGAUGGGAUUCUCCAGGGAGAAGCUAUGUGUUUCUACAUGUUUACUGGUUUUGAUGCCAUUGUCACUAAAGGGGAAGAAGCCCUAAAUCCUCAGCGGUCCAUCCCCGUGAGCACCAUGAUCACGAUCUUCAUCUGCUUUUUGGUGUGCUUUGGUGUCUCAGCAGCACUCACCCUCAUGGUGCCCUACUACCAGAUUCAUCCUGACAGCCCCUUGCCAGAGGCUUUCCUCCUUGUUGGGUGGGGCCCUGCCAGAUAUGUCGUGGCUGUUGGCACCCUCUGUGCUCUUACAUCCAGUCUCCUAGGUGAUAUGUUCCCCAUGCCUCGGGUGAUAUACGUGAUGGCAGAGGACGGACUCCUUUUUCGAGGACUUGCCCAGAUCCAUGCCAACACAGGCACCCCUGUCAUGGCCAUCAUGUCUUCUGGAAACCUUGCAGCGGUCAUGGCGUUACUCUUCAAGUUCAGCGAUCUGGUGGACCUCCUAUCAAUCGGGACCCUGCUUGCUUACUCCCUGGUGGCUCUCUCUGUGCUUGCCCUCAGGUACCAGCUGGAUCAGAAGUUCAGCAAGGAGAAAACAGAGGAGGAAAUUGAGAUGAAACUUAGAGUUGAAGAAAACCCUUCAGACCUUGUAUCUGAAGCAGGAAACUCAAACAUUCUGAAGAGUCUGUGGUUCCCUACCAGCACCAUCCCCACCCGGAAAUCUGGCCAGAUUGUCUAUGGAUGUGACUUCCUACUUGUUCUCCUGCUGAUCAUCCUGAGCCUGAUCCUGGCCCAGUGGCCCAUCCAGUUCUUCUCUGGAGACCCCGUGCUCACAACAGUGGCUGUGCUGCUGCUGCUGCUCAUCACUGGGGUCACGGCCAUCAUCUGGAGGCAGCCCCAGAGCCCCUCUCCUCUUCCGUUCAGGGUCCCUGCUCUGCCUGUCUUCCCACUGGUGAACAUCUUUCUGAACGUUUAUCUGAUGAUGCAGAUGACUUCUGGGGCCUGGAUCCAAUUCAGUGUCUGGAAUGCCAUUGGAUUUGCCGUAUACUUUGGCUAUGGGAUCCGACAUAGCCUGGAGGAGAACUAGAAGCAACAGCCUCCACCUCCCAAACUCUUCACUCAAGCAUCCCUGCUGCUGAAUCAUCUUAACCACAGGACAUAGAUGCCAUGUGGAAUCUCUUCAUAUGCUAGAGCAAUCUUCUGGUUAAAGGGGCACUUUAAGCCUCUAUGGACUAUGAAGGUGCAAUGCAUUUCAGUUCAGUUCAGUUCAGUCGCUCAGUCAUGUCCGACUCUUCCUAACUCAUGAACUGCAGCACACCAGGUCUCCCUGUCCAUCACCAACUC